AUGUAUCAAGGGAGCUCCAGCUUGGCUCACCAAUUGAUUAGGGCAAUCAUCAGCCACUACACCCAAAUCGAGGUGAUUCCACACUGCCUAAAUGGGUGCUGUGGAGAACCCACCAAUACCUUACUCGGAACCCUCCGACUUCGGCGAGACAGAGGGAGCUUGCUGAGGCCUACGGAUGCCUGGGCUGGGGAAGGAUGGCCAACUUUCCCGCUCUCAAGUUUCAAGUGUGGGCUACCUUCUCUCCGACCCCCCUCCCCAGGACCGAUAGGGGUUAUCCCGGUCCCUGUUGGGCUGAUCCACAAAAUUCUGAUAUCAACACGGACAGCUCCUGCAACUAAAGAGCACAUAUCAAAGCUUGCCAAAAUGGCAGGGAGGCCUUCCCUGAUGCCACAGAGCCUCACACUAACCUGCGCUGAAGAAAGCAGCAUCACG